GGAAACUGAUGUAGACUAUGUAAAUAAUCUUUUGAUGUUAUCAACAUCAGACAUUAUCUUGUCAUUUGACCGAGAAAAAAAGUCUCAGUCAGUCAGUGUGUUUAAAAAGUCUACAGUGUCAGUGACUGAGUCAGUGAGUGUGACAGAAAUGGCCACUGAUAUUCCAUCAUCAUAUUCAGAUGAAUGGUUGUCAACUUUUUUUCAUGGAUUUCCCCAUGUUGACUUCAGUUUUAACAAAUUUAAUAAUGCUGCAUUUCAACCAGAUAAUAAGGUUUAUAGACAGAUGAUACUGUUUUGGGCUCUGGUUCCAGUUGCUGCAUGCUGUUUUCUAUGUCUGCUUUUCCUCUUUUACUUCAUCAUUCGCUGCUGCUGUUGUAGAAGUGAAAGACAGAAAAGGAGACCUUCUAUCUGUGCAAGGGUCACAUCCGGAUUGCUCAUAUUUUUAGGGGCUGGUCUUAUAGGCUUUGGGCUUUAUGAAAAUGAGAAUAUUCAACAUGGUAUAGACACUGCAAGAAACGCUGCCAUUGAUGCAUCAAAUAUUGUGACAAGUGCUUUGUUCAGGAUCACAGUUUUAGGACAAAUAGCCAAUGAUGUUCAGAAUGUGUCCACUGAAUUGGAAAAUGCUGUAAAAAAAAUAAGUGAUCAGAAUGUUACUGAAGUUGGUAUUGAGCUCAUUGACCAGAUUCGUUAUGAUAGCAUUGUUGCUCAAAACAUUUGCAAUGCUAUCAUUGUUGAUGACCAUCAGAAGGAAAUCAAAUAUGCCACAGAUCUGACCAAUGAAAUAGAAUACUACAGAUGGGUAAUAACUAUAGUGAUUUACUCUGUUUAUUUAUUCAUCUGCUUUUUGACAACUGUUGGUUUGUUGUUAAAAUCAAGGGCAACACUUAUUGUUUCUGCAGUUGUGUCAGUAAUAUGUUCAAUACUUCUUUGGGUAUCAGCAGGAGCAUAUUUAGGUUCAUCUGUGGCCUUAGGAGAUUUAUGUGUAGACCCUGAUUCUUAUGCUCUCAGUCUAGUGGACCCUCCAAAUAAAUGGAUUGCUACAGCAUAUCUCAAAUGUUCUGAUUCUUCUCAACCUUACCAAAAGCAAAUUGUAGAAGCACAAACAACCCUGAUUAAAGCUAGCAGUAUUGUUGACGAUGUGCAAAAAUUGGCUGAACCAUUUCACAUUGAAGAUAUUGAUGCACCCCUGGCCAGAAUGAAGGAUGACCUGAAUUAUGCAACUGGUAAUCUGUCCACUUUGUUGAAUACUGUGGGGAUGUGUACAAAUCUUCAUCAGUUGUAUAUUACAGGAUUGGAGGCUGUCUGUAAUGAUACUAUAAAUUCAACAGCUCUUUUGGCAUUAGUUUGCUGUGUGCUUGGAGUAAUAUUUACUAUUAUAAUUUUCGCAAUCUCCUGCAUUUGGAGAGGUUAUAUUCAUAAAAGAAGAACAGAUUACACGCAUGCAGAUGAUACUGACCCAUUUCUGCCUAGACCACCACCUUAUGAGUCUGACUAUGGUGCAAUUAGUCAGUCUAGUCCUAGGCCCUGGUCAGAGAGAGGCUCAUUGCAGCAUUCAGCUAGUGCCUCUGGAUUUGAUGAUCAGUACUUAAUGACUACAAACCCACACACAUUCCCUGAUGAAUCUCCACCACCUGCUUACUAUCCAGGUGGCUAUGGAAGGAGGAUCACAGGAAGGGCCACAACAAAUUAUUAGUCUGUUUGGAUGAUGUCUGCUUGAUGCUGGUAGAUGACAGACCAAAUAGUGGAGUCAUUAUUUAGCAACAAAACAGCUUUAAAAAAUACAUUGUCUGUUAUGCCAAACAUUUAAAAAAAAACAACUUAUUUAUUUGUAAUAUGCUGAAAACCUGUGAUCUUUCAAAAUGUCAGGCUUAUGCCUUUGUUUCCUCUUCCUUGAGUUCAUUAUAUAGAAAGAGACAUUUGUAAAUAGAUAGCAGGUGCCUAUAAUUAUCCUGCUGACAUUGAAAUAAGUCAGUCUUCCAAUGUUUUCCAGGACUUCCAGUCUGACUGUUGUAUCUGCUUGAAAAUAUUUCCCAAUCGUCAUAUCAAAGCAGUUAGAAAGGCUCAAUCAUUAUUUGUAAUUACUUCUUCAGCUCAUACAAAUUACUGGUACAAUUUUGAAAAAGUUUAUGAGUAAUGAAGUAAUUGAUUUGCUUUAAAUUUUAUACCUUUUCAUGUAGUCAAUGUGUUGUUUUGUUUUUUUUUAUAUUUUUGUACGCACAAAAAAUGGAAUAUAACUAUGACAUUUUAUAUUCUUUAAUGUUAAAACAGUUUUUGAUUUUAAAUCUAUUCCUGUAUAUUAUAAGCUUCUACAUUUAACCUUUUGUGCCAAUAUAUGAAUACCUUUAUAUAGACUUGACAGAUUAUAAUACCCAUUCUACUUUUAUGUAUUUCAAUAUUCAUGCUGACAAUAACUUACUAAAGAACUUAGAAAUUCUAAACAAUUUCUUGAAUUAUGAAAAGCACUUUCUUUUAUUCCUCUUUUAAACCUGUAAAUGUUUCACUAAUGCCAUUGAUGUACAAGUAAUACUGUAUAACAAGUCUUUUGGGUCUGCCUUGCUACAACAAAAUUGGCCUGGUAACUGGUUGCGGCUCUGCUGUGAGAUGACUGUAAUAGUUUUGUUGGGGGCUUUUAACAUUUUGUUGUUUAGUUUGACUAGAAAAAAAUUUGAAAAGAAAAAAAAAAUAGAUUGUUAAAGAGGAUUAGGUUAACAUUUGCUUAAGCGACACUAGACUUUGAAUUGCAUCUGUUAAGGAACACUCCUAACAAUCCAUUAUAAUUUAACAAAGGGCUGCAGUUGGCUUAUUAUUUUCAUCACUUUUGUUUGUUAUAGCUCUCCUAAGAGUCAUCUGUUUUAGUUUGAGCACUGUGAUGAAAUAAAACAACUUUAGGUUUCACUUGUAUCCGAUUUUCUCUUCUCCCUACACUCUCCUGGAAAUAGGAGAACAUUAGACAUUUGAUUGGAAAAAUACAGUGGCUUUUUAAUAACCAGUUAAAACCAUUUAAAUGAGUGACCACACAUCCUGUAGUAACUGUUCAUUGAUCACUUAACUUGCAGUAGCUGUUUGUUGACCUCUCAUUUUGCAGCAGCUGUUCAUUGACCAACCAUUUUGUUGUAGUUGUUCAUUGACCAACCAUUUUGUUGUAGCUUUUCUUAAAAGGAAACAAAAGAAAAACCUAGAACUAUGUUUCAUCUGACUUGCAGAGAAGCUUGCAUUGUAAAGUUUCUUUUAUUGAUUGCAAUAGACUAGUUAGUGCCAUGCAUUGUACUAGUUACGACCAUGCAAUGUACUAGUUAGUACCAAGCAGUGUACUAGUUUUAGUGUUUUUUUUAUUUUAAAAUGUAUGUGUUCAAAAUGAAAAUGAAUGUAUUUUUUUUUCUUGUUUACUAAAUUUAACUGAAUUGUAUUUUCUAAUCAAAGUUCAUGUACAUUAAUUUUUAUAUAUUUGAUUUGGGCUUGUGAUUUAGAUGGAUGGCCUUGUUAAAAAAAAAAAAAAAAGGUUUAGCCAUCCUAGGAUGUGACUAAAUAAAGUGUGAUGACAAAGCUUGUAUAAAUGAACAUAGAAAAUACGGACAAACUAGAUGUGUUCUCAACUUUAUAAGAAUUUUGGGGGCAAUAAUUGGUUUUGCUAGCAAGAAUAUGUAAAUAAAUAACAUUUCCAAGUAGUUACUACCAUACCUUAGUAAUGUUGCUGUAGAGGUGUUUUCAAAACAUUUCAUGUCUUAAUAGGUAGGGAUGUUAGAAAAUAUCAAAAAUGAGUUGCCUGGUUGAGUGCUCUGCAUAUGGACUGCUGUCGUGAUGCUCCAGGCUCAUUAGGGCUAGAAAUCUUCCAUUUUGAAGGAACAUCUCAAACUUACAGGACAAUCUACAGACCUUAACUCUAUUACCUUUAUUCUCUUUUUAAAUUGUAUGUUUUAUCUUAUUACUAAUGUUUCUCUACAUUGUUGAUGGCACAUUGCAUCAGUGUAUUGUUUUAGGCUUAGUUAGCACUAUUACAGGGUAACGAAAUUAUCAAUAUUUGUAUUUUAUAUUCAACUACAACAUUAGUUUAGAGCAGGGGAUGGCAACCUUUUUGUAUCGAGGGACGCAUUUUAAGAAAUUUGGAAAUGGCGGGAAUGUCUUUUUAAUUCAUAUUUACACUGUAUUAUAUUUUUUCCCCACAUUCCACUUUAAGGAAUUACAACAAGAGUUAGCAAUUUUUUAAACCAAUUUUAGAAUUUGUUUUUUAAAUUGCUGUUGUCUUUUUAUCUUACAAUAUCCCCACAAAUAUACAGUUGUACUUAAUGUGCAAUAGUUUACUUUUACACUUGUACAUAAUGUUCCGGAACUGUAGAACUUGCUUAUUAGUUGCUACCCUUGAGAUUGCUGUCAAAUUAAAGUCAGUCGAAAUCAA